GCCCAAUAAAAACUUUAUUCCGCUGCAAAAGGCAAAGGGUUAUGCGCUUGUACUGUUUAUCAAGAGCAAAACCUCAACCUGCAGAAAAUACGGUUUUUUGGGACAAUUUGAAGAAGGCAAUGGCUUCUCUGUUCAGGGACCCAGCUAAGCUUUCAGCGUACCGGGACAGAAGAUUUAAUGGUACGCAAGAGGAUUUCGAGCAAGCACUCCUUACUUCCACAACCGUCUAUAUCGGAAACAUGUCUUUUUACACAACUGAAGAACAAGUUUACGAGCUUUUCUCACGAGCCGGUGAAAUUAAGAAAAUAAUCAUGGGCCUCGACAAGAACUCUAAAACACCUUGCGGCUUUUGCUUUGUCUUGUAUUAUUCUAGGGAAGAUACAGAGGAUGCCGUUAAAUACAUUAGUGGGACAAUUCUUGACGACCGUCCGAUUCGUGUAGAUUUUGAUUGGGGUUUUGUUGAAGGAAGGCAAUGGGGCCGUGGUCGAAGUGGUGGCCAAGUGCGAGAUGAAUAUCGAACUGAUUAUGAUCCUGGCAGAGGUGGCUAUGGAAAAUUAGUUCAGAGAGAGUUGGAAGCGCAAAGACAGCUUGUAGAUUAUGGUGCUGGGUCACUGGGCUCAUUCCCACCCGUUGUGCCUGCACAUUAUGGUAGGCAUGGUGGGGGCCAUGGCCAUGGAGGUUCUCAUCGUCAUGGGAGAGAUUACCAUCGGAAGCGACAUCGAGAUGAUGACCGCUAUGCACGUGAGUCCUCAAAGAGAACUUCAGAUCAUGAACCCAGGAGAGAUUCAGACCAUGAUUCUAGACCGGAGAAGAAUCCACGUUUCCGCGAGAGUGGUGAUUCUGAUGAUGAGGAUGAAGAUGAUCGGAAACAAUGACCUUAAUGGAUUUAUAUAUAUAUAUAUAUAUAUAUAUAGUGUAAUAUCUGGAAUAACAUUUGGUAUUUUUAUGUAUUUUGUAAGGGGUGCUGGACAAUAUUUAGGACAAAAUGGAGUUUUCUCGCUACUAUUGAUGAGCAGCAAAUCCUGCCUGCUGCUGUCUCAGAUCUUGGUUCUAGGCUUUUGUUGUAUGUUUAAAGGUGAAUAUUGAUGUCUUUUUUUUUUUUUUUUUUUGCCAUCUAUUGUUCUUUCUAGUGUGAUGGCCUUGAUUCUAGUGGUUCACUCCGGAUGAAUUUUCUUUGUAGCAUUUUGAUAAUGCAAGAACUUCCAUGGUACGGGUGUCGAGAA